AUGUCAGGUUUAUUCGCCGCCUUACUCUUAGAUAUAGCUGGUCUUAAAAAUAUCGAAAUACUUGAAUGUCAAGAACGUGUAGGUGGGCGUGUUCAUACAGAAUAUUUUUCUGAUAAUGUUACAAAAGAUAAAUUGUACGGCGAACUUGGAGCCAUGAGAUUACCAAAAGGCACAGAUGUGGUUCGAUAUUUCUACAACAACAAACGCGAUGAUUCCAAUAAAAUUAUGACCCAGGGAUACGCAACCAAUCCUGAAAACUUCGAAAAGCUUGGUUUUACAAACUCGAUACGAGUUUAUUGGAAAGAAAAACAUGGGAUAGAAAAAAAACCUGGAAAAGUAUAUGAUAGCCCCUUUGGUGUCGUUCGUCAAUGGGAAUUGCCUGAUAAACUAGACAGAAAUGAUGACAUUGAUUAUAUCAGAAGACGAGCGAUUCGAGAAUUAAAUUAUGACAAUUCUGCAAAGAUCUUUUUAAAAUUUAAAUCUCGAUUCUGGGAAAAAGAUAGUAGACCUAUCGCUGGUGGUAGCUCAUCGACUGACCUUCCAAUUCGGACCAUGAUCUAUCCAUCCUAUUAUAAAGAUGAUCAGGGUAAUCCAGACGAAGAUGGUCCCGCAAUCCUACUUGGUUCAUACACUUGGGCAAAUGAUGCAGCAAAAUACUCUCCAUACCCACAAAAAGAGAAUGUUAAAUUAUGCCAAAAAUCUUAA